GUCCGAGCAUUAUCUGAUCCUCUCCUUCCUCGGUUCGCGCAUUAUUCGAAUCUCUUCAAAGGGAGCUCCAAGCUUCUAAUGGAAAAUUAGGGCUUUUCAAAUUUUUGAGUUUCCGUUGCGAUGGUGGAGAGACGGACUCCUCUGGUGCUCUCAUCCACCAGAGCCACACUCCGUUCAGUCCUGAAUUCGAUUCGACCCGACGAGAUUCCGGGCCGACCCGAUUCGAUACGGCGGAGCGUAAGGUUGCCAGCUGGCAUUCUCAGGUGGAAACGAGAAGGAGUAAAUGAUUCAAAGUUUGAUUCUUUAGAUGACUCUUCACUGGUCGGACUCUCGACUCAAUUGCUCAAGAGACUAUCCAUCAACUCUGGCUCUUUCGUUGUUAUCAGCAACAUCGACAUAGGCAUCCAACGGAUUGCGCAAGUUGUUGUACUUGAUCCUCCUCCCAAGAAGACGCUUGAAGAAGAUGCAUCAUCUGUCACUAGCUUGCCCGUUUCGGACUCUCUUCACAUAAUGCUUGUCUUCCCCACUUUUGAUACGAUGAGUCAACAGUUACUAGACCAAGAGGUUGCUUACUUGUCCCCUAUGUUAGCCUUUAAUCUGAGCUUGCACAUGUCCUGCCUGAAGUCCCUAGUCCAUCGAGGGAACGAGGUCUUGGAGAAGUACUUUGUUGCUAAACUCGAUGAAGAGUCGGUGGUGGCAGGUGAGUCAAAGAUUGGUUUGGAUUUGGAACCCGUGUCCGAAGCUCCAGGGUAUGCAUCACAUCUAAGAGUUUCUUUUGUUAAGAUCCCAGAGUGUGGUACCAUUCAGUCAUUGGUAGUUAGUUCUUCGUUUGAAGAUGAAGAGCGACAAGGGUUGAUAGAUUCCGCAUUGCAUAAGUAUUUUGGAACCGAUAGAGUGCUCUCAAGAGGCGAUGUGUUUCGAGUUUGCAUUGAGUGGAACUGUGGUUCAAGUAUUUGUGUUCCAUGUACUCAAGGGUUAGGCUCCAAAGAAGAGGACUUUAUCUAUUUCAAGGUCGUCGCAAUGGAACCUUCUAAUGAAAGGUUUCUUAGAGUUAAUCACUCACAAACCGCUCUUGUACUUGGAGGAUUGGUCUCUUCUGGUCUUCCACCAGAUUUGCUUGUUUCUAGUUCAAAGGUUAAUAUGCCUUUGCAGGUGGACACAGUAAAUGUAUUGGCAUCGGUGCUUUCCCCACCUCUCUGCCCUUCAGCACUCUCCUCAAAACUCAGGGUUGCUGUUUUACUUCAUGGCCUGCCAGGGUGCGGGAAGAGAACUGUUGUUAACUAUGUAGCUAGGAGGUUGGGCCUGCAUGUAGUUGAAUAUAGCUGCCACAGUUUGUUAGCAUCAUCCGAAAAGCAAACAUCUACUGCUUUGGCUCAGACUUUUAAUAUGGCACGAAGGUUCGCACCAACGAUACUUCUGCUCCGCCAUUUCGAAGUUUUCAAAAAUCUGGGAUCUCAGGACGGCUCACAGGGUGAUCGAGUUGGCGUGGCCUCUGAGAUUGCAUUGAUUAUUAAGGAACUCACUGAGCCAGUUUAUAAUGGUGAAUACAGUUCCAUGGAAGAGGAGUCCAAUAGCAAUUCCUCUGUAGAUAAAGUUGGGAAGUUUAGGGGACACCAGGUGCUGUUAAUCGCAUCCGCUGAAACCACUGAAGGUCUCUCUCCAACAAUCAGGCGUUGCUUCAGCCAUGAGAUACGGAUGGGUUCUCUAAAUGACGAGCAGAGAUCCGAAUUGCUGUCUCGGUCCCUCCAAGAUGUUUCUCAACUCCUUAAUACCAGCUCAGAUGAUUUUGUGAAAGAAUUGGUUGGUCAGACUUCUGGUUUCCUCCCUCGGGACUUGCGUGCUCUAGUCGCUGAUGCUGGUGCCAACUUAUUCAUCAGUAAAGAGUCCGAGACUGAGAAGAUUGAUUCUCUAUCAGGUGAUGUAGACCAGUCAAGUCAAUUAGGUAACAGCAGUGAGACUUUAACAGCUAAGGAUGACUUCUCCAAAGCUUUGGACCGAUCAAAGAAGAGAAAUGCAUCAGCCCUUGGUGCUCCCAACGUUCCGAAUGUGAAAUGGGAUGAUGUUGGUGGGCUUGAGGAUGUGAAGAGUUCGAUCCUGGAUACAGUUCAGUUACCUCUCCUGCAUAAAGAUUUGUUUUCUUCUGGACUACGUAAACGUUCCGGUGUGCUUCUCUAUGGACCUCCAGGAACAGGGAAAACUUUACUGGCGAAAGCUGUGGCGACAGAGUGUUCCUUAAACUUCCUCAGCGUAAAAGGUCCAGAGCUGAUCAACAUGUACAUUGGCGAGUCAGAGAAAAACGUUCGAGAUAUCUUCGAAAAGGCGAGAUCGGCGCGGCCGUGUGUGAUCUUCUUUGAUGAGCUUGACUCUCUUGCUCCAGCGCGAGGCGCUUCUGGCGAUUCAGGAGGAGUGAUGGACCGAGUGGUCUCUCAGAUGCUAGCGGAGAUUGAUGGACUGAGCGAUUCUUCGCAGGAUCUGUUUAUUAUAGGAGCGAGCAACAGACCUGAUUUGAUUGAUCCAGCUCUUCUACGACCUGGGAGAUUCGACAAGCUUCUUUACGUUGGAGUCAAUGCUGAUGCUUCUUACAGAGAAAGGGUAUUAAAAGCACUUACUCGGAAAUUUAAGUUGAGCGAAGAUGUGUCGCUUUAUUUAGUAGCGAAGAAGUGUCCGUCUACGUUCACUGGCGCUGAUAUGUAUGCGUUGUGUGCUGAUGCUUGGUUUCAGGCAGCUAAGCGAAAGGUGUUGAAUUCAGAUUCAGGGGAUGAUUCUAUUCCAGAAGACGAUCCGGACUCUGUUGUUGUAGAGUUUAUAGAUUUUAUAAAGGCGAUGGAUCAGCUUUCACCAUCACUAUCCAUAACUGAACUGAAGAAGUAUGAGGCGCUUCGAGACCAAUUCGAAGGCCGUUCCAGCUGAAAACUCCUCAGUCAUAAUAGCAAAGAAAAAAUUACACAGAGCUGAAACUAUUCUGUUUUAUUUUAUGAGAUGGGACACAAUAAUAAACCCAUCAGAUCAGACUCUUAUAGAUGAUGAACAGACUCAGAUCCCUUAUGAAUAUAUAUGAUUAGUUCUGUUCUGUUU